AUGGCAGCUCCACCACCCGAUCUGCUGACAGACUCUGUCCCCGCCGCGCCCGCCGCCCUGGCCGACGGUGGCUUUCCGGGAGGAGUGCCCGGAGGGCGCGCGCCUGAUCCCGGCGGGGUAGCGGGGCGCGCGGGUUUGACGGCCAUGGGCUUCUCGGCGGGCGGGCGGCGCAAUCCGUUGCGCGGAAAGAAGGCGGGCACGCCCGCCGUUGGCACCACCGAGCGCGGACUGAUCUCCGCGGAGCAACCUGCGGCGGUUACCGUGCACGCGGCGAAGAAGCAUGUAGGAGGAGAGGCAUGUGGGAGGAGAGGCAUGUGGGAGGAGAGGCAUGAUAGAAGCAUGUGGGAGGAGGAUAGAAGCAUGUGGGAGGAGGAUAGAAGCAUGUGGGAGGAGGAUAGAAGCAUGUGGGAGGAGGAUAGAAGCAUGUGGGAGGAGGAUAGAAGCAUGUGGGAGGAGGAUAGAAGCAUGUGGGAGGAGGAUAGAAGCAUGUGGGAGGAGGAUAGAAGCAUGUGGGAGGAGGAUAGAAGCAUGUGGGAGGAGGAUAGAAGCAUGUGGGAGGAGGAUAGAAGCAUGUGGGAGGAGGAUAGAAGCAUGUGGGAGGAGGAUAGAAGCAUGUGGGAGGAGGAUAGAAGCAUGUGGGAGGAGGAUAGAAGCAUGUGGGAGGAGGAUAGAAGCAUGUGGGAGGAGGAUAGAAGCAUGUGGGAGGAGGAUAGAAGCAUGUGGGAGGAGGAUAGAAGCAUGUGGGAGGAGGAUAGAAGCAUGUGGGAGGAGGAUAGAAGCAUGUGGGAGGAUGAUAGAAGCAUGUGGGAGGAGGAUAGAAGCAUGUGGGAGGAGGAUAGAAGCAUAAGCAUGUGGGAGGAGGAUAGAAGCAUGUGGGAGGAGGAUAGAAGCAUGUGGGAGGAGGAUAGAAGCAUGUGGGAGGAGGAUAGAAGCAUGUGGGAGGAGGAUAGAAGCAUGUGGGAGGAGGAUAGAAGCAUGUGGGAGGAGGAUAGAAGCAUGUGGGAGGAGGAUAGAAGCAUGUGGGAGGAGGAUAGAAGCAUGUGGGAGGAGGAUAGAAGCAUGUGGGAGGAGGAUAGAAGCAUGUGGGAGGAGGAUAGAAGCAUGUGGGAGGAGGAUAGAAGCAUGUGGGAGGAGGAUAGAAGCAUGUGGGAGGAGGAUAGAAGCAUGUGGGAGGAGGAUAGAAGCAUGUGGGAGGAGGAUAGAAGCAUGUGGGAGGAGGAUAGAAGCAUGUGGGAGGAUGAUAGAAGCAUGUGGGAGGAGGAUAGAAGCAUGUGGGAGGAGGAUAGAAGCAUGUGGGAGGAGGAUAGAAGCAUGUGGGAGGAGGAUAGAAGCAUGUGGGAGGAGGAUAGAAGCAUGUGGGAGGAGGAUAGAAGCAUGUGGGAGGAGGAUAGAAGCAUGUGGGAGGAGGAUAGAAGCAUGUGGGAGGAGGAUAGAAGCAUGUGGGAGGAGGAUAGAAGCAUGUGGGAGGAGGAUAGAAGCAUGUGGGAGGAGGAUAGAAGCAUGUGGGAGGAGGAUAGAAGCAUGUGGGAGGAGGAUAGAAGCAUGUGGGAGGAGGAUAGAAGCAUGUGGGAGGAGGAUAGAAGCAUGUGGGAGGAGGAUAGAAGCAUGUGGGAGGAGGAUAGAAGCAUGUGGGAGGAGGAUAGAAGCAUGUGGGAGGAGGAUAGAAGCAUGUGGGAGGAGGAUAGAAGCAUGUGGGAGGAUGAUAGAAGCAUGUGGGAGGAGGAUAGAAGCAUGUGGGAGGAGGAUAGAAGCAUGUGGGAGGAGGAUAGAAGCAUGUGGGAGGAGGAUAGAAGCAUGUGGGAGGAGGAUAGAAGCAUGUGGGAGGAGGAUAGAAGCAUGUGGGAGGAGGAUAGAAGCAUGUGGGAGGAGGAUAGAAGCAUGUGGGAGGAGGAUAGAAGCAUGUGGGAGGAGGAUAGAAGCAUGUGGGAGGAGGAUAGAAGCAUGUGGGAGGAGGAUAGAAGCAUGUGGGAGGAGGAUAGAAGCAUGUGGGAGGAGGAUAGAAGCAUGUGGGAGGAGGAUAGAAGCAUGUGGGAGGAGGAUAGAAGCAUGUGGGAGGAGGAUAGAAGCAUGUGGGAGGAGGAUAGAAGCAUGUGGGAGGAGGAUAGAAGCAUGUGGGAGGAGGAUAGAAGCAUGUGGGAGGAGGAUAGAAGCAUGUGGGAGGAGGAUAGAAGCAUGUGGGAGGAUGAUAGAAGCAUGUGGGAGGAGGAUAGAAGCAUGUGGGAGGAGGAUAGAAGCAUGUGGGAGGAGGAUAGAAGCAUGUGGGAGGAGGAUAGAAGCAUGUGGGAGGAGGAUAGAAGCAUGUGGGAGGAGGAUAGAAGCAUGUGGGAGGAGGAUAGAAGCAUGUGGGAGGAGGAUAGAAGCAUGUGGGAGGAGGAUAGAAGCAUGUGGGAGGAGGAUAGAAGCAUGUGGGAGGAGGAUAGAAGCAUGUGGGAGGAGGAUAGAAGCAUAAGCAUGUGGGAGGAGGAUAGAAGCAUGUGGGAGGAGGAUAGAAGCAUGUGGGAGGAGGAUAGAAGCAUGUGGGAGGAGGAUAGAAGCAUGUGGGAGGAGGAUAGAAGCAUGUGGGAGGAGGAUAGAAGCAUGUGGGAGGAGGAUAGAAGCAUGUGGGAGGAGGAUAGAAGCAUGUGGGAGGAGGAUAGAAGCAUGUGGGAGGAGGAUAGAAGCAUGUGGGAGGAGGAUAGAAGCAUGUGGGAGGAGGAUAGAAGCAUGUGGGAGGAGGAUAGAAGCAUGUGGGAGGAGGAUAGAAGCAUGUGGGAGGAGGAUAGAAGCAUGUGGGAGGAGGAUAGAAGCAUGUGGGAGGAGGAUAGAAGCAUGUGGGAGGAGGAUAGAAGCAUGUGGGAGGAGGAUAGAAGCAUGUGGGAGGAGGAUAGAAGCAUGUGGGAGGAGGAUAGAAGCAUGUGGGAGGAGGAUAGAAGCAUGUGGGAGGAGGAUAGAAGCAUGUGGGAGGAGGAUAGAAGCAUGUGGGAGGAGGAUAGAAGCAUGUGGGAGGAGGAUAGAAGCAUGUGGGAGGAGGAUAGAAGCAUGUGGGAGGAGGAUAGAAGCAUGUGGGAGGAGGAUAGAAGCAUGUGGGAGGAGGAUAGAAGCAUGUGGGAGGAGGAUAGAAGCAUGUGGGAGGAGGAUAGAAGCAUGUGGGAGGAGGAUAGAAGCAUGUGGGAGGAGGAUAGAAGCAUGUGGGAGGAGGAUAGAAGCAUGUGGGAGGAGGAUAGAAGCAUGUGGGAGGAGGAUAGAAGCAUGUGGGAGGAGGAUAGAAGCAUGUGGGAGGAGGAUAGAAGCAUGUGGGAGGAGGAUAGAAGCAUGUGGGAGGAGGAUAGAAGCAUGUGGGAGGAGGAUAGAAGCAUGUGGGAGGAGGAUAGAAGCAUGUGGGAGGAGGAUAGAAGCAUGUGGGAGGAGGAUAGAAGCAUGUGGGAGGAGGAUAGAAGCAUGUGGGAGGAGGAUAGAAGCAUGUGGGAGGAGGAUAGAAGCAUGUGGGAGGAGGAUAGAAGCAUGUGGGAGGAGGAUAGAAGCAUGUGGGAGGAGGAUAGAAGCAUGUGGGAGGAGGAUAGAAGCAUGUGGGAGGAGGAUAGAAGCAUGUGGGAGGAGGAUAGAAGCAUGUGGGAGGAGGAUAGAAGCAUGUGGGAGGAGGAUAGAAGCAUGUGGGAGGAGGAUAGAAGCAUGUGGGAGGAGGAUAGAAGCAUGUGGGAGGAGGAUAGAAGCAUGUGGGAGGAGGAUAGAAGCAUGUGGGAGGAGGAUAGAAGCAUGUGGGAGGAGGAUAGAAGCAUGUGGGAGGAGGAUAGAAGCAUGUGGGAGGAGGAUAGAAGCAUGUGGGAGGAGGAUAGAAGCAUGUGGGAGGAGGAUAGAAGCAUGUGGGAGGAGGAUAGAAGCAUGUGGGAGGAGGAUAGAAGCAUGUGGGAGGAGGAUAGAAGCAUGUGGGAGGAGGAUAGAAGCAUGUGGGAGGAGGAUAGAAGCAUGUGGGAGGAGGAUAGAAGCAUGUGGGAGGAGGAUAGAAGCAUGUGGGAGGAGGAUAGAAGCAUGUGGGAGGAGGAUAGAAGCAUGUGGGAGGAGGAUAGAAGCAUGUGGGAGGAGGAUAGAAGCAUGUGGGAGGAGGAUAGAAGCAUGUGGGAGGAGGAUAGAAGCAUGUGGGAGGAGGAUAGAAGCAUGUGGGAGGAGGAUAGAAGCAUGUGGGAGGAGGAUAGAAGCAUGUGGGAGGAGGAUAGAAGCAUGUGGGAGGAGGAUAGAAGCAUGUGGGAGGAGGAUAGAAGCAUGUGGGAGGAGGAUAGAAGCAUGUGGGAGGAGGAUAGAAGCAUGUGGGAGGAGGAUAGAAGCAUGUGGGAGGAGGAUAGAAGCAUGUGGGAGGAGGAUAGAAGCAUGUGGGAGGAGGAUAGAAGCAUGUGGGAGGAGGAUAGAAGCAUGUGGGAGGAGGAUAGAAGCAUGUGGGAGGAGGAUAGAAGCAUGUGGGAGGAGGAUAGAAGCAUGUGGGAGGAGGAUAGAAGCAUGUGGGAGGAGGAUAGAAGCAUGUGGGAGGAGGAUAGAAGCAUGUGGGAGGAGGAUAGAAGCAUGUGGGAGGAGGAUAGAAGCAUGUGGGAGGAGGAUAGAAGCAUGUGGGAGGAGGAUAGAAGCAUGUGGGAGGAGGAUAGAAGCAUGUGGGAGGAGGAUAGAAGCAUGUGGGAGGAGGAUAGAAGCAUGUGGGAGGAGGAUAGAAGCAUGUGGGAGGAGGAUAGAAGCAUGUGGGAGGAGGAUAGAAGCAUGUGGGAGGAGGAUAGAAGCAUGUGGGAGGAGGAUAGAAGCAUGUGGGAGGAGGAUAGAAGCAUGAUAGAAGCAUGUAGGGAGGAGGAUAGAAGCAUGUGGGAGGAGGAUAGAAGCAUGUGGGAGGAGGAUAGAAGCAUGUGGGAGGAGGAUAGAAGCAUGUGGGAGGAGGAUAGAAGCAUGUGGGAGGAGGAUAGAAGCAUGUGGGAGGAGGAUAGAAGCAUGUGGGAGGAGGAUAGAAGCAUGUGGGAGGAGGAUAGAAGCAUGUGGGAGGAGGAUAGAAGCAUGUGGGAGGAGGAUAGAAGCAUGUGGGAGGAGGAUAGAAGCAUGUGGGAGGAGGAUAGAAGCAUGUGGGAGGAGGAUAGAAGCAUGUGGGAGGAGGAUAGAAGCAUGUGGGAGGAGGAUAGAAGCAUGUGGGAGGAGGAUAGAAGCAUGUGGGAGGAGGAUAGAAGCAUGUGGGAGGAGGAUAGAAGCAUGUGGGAGGAGGAUAGAAGCAUGUGGGAGGAGGAUAGAAGCAUGUGGGAGGAGGAUAGAAGCAUCAUGUGGGAGGAGGAUAGAAGCAUGUGGGAGGAGGAUAGACGCAUGUGGGAGGAGGAUAGAAGCAUGUGGGAGGAGGAUAGAAGCAUGUGGGAGGAGGAUAGAAGCAUGUGGGAGGAGGAUAGAAGCAUGUGGGAGGAGGAUAGAAGCAUGUGGGAGGAGGAUAGAAGCAUGUGGGAGGAGGAUAGAAGCAUGUGGGAGGAGGAUAGAAGCAUGUGGGAGGAGGAUAGAAGCAUGUGGGAGGAGGAUAGAAGCAUGUGGGAGGAGGAUAGAAGCAUGUAG